AUGGAUGAGUUUGCCUUCGACGGGUAUAGGCAGUUGCAGUUGAGGGACUUUCCCAAUGCGAGCCAGGCCAUUCUGUUGUUGGAGAGGGACGUUUGGUGGCUGAAGCCGUUUUAUCUGCCGUUUGAGAAGAGUUAUGACGGGGUAGGUCUCCUGUUGUAUUCGCGGACGAAUUAUUGGCUGGCGCCGACCUUCUGUUUCCUCUACCUGCUGUUCAUCUGGUGGGGACCCAGGUACAUGGCGGACAAGACACCGUUCAAGUUACAGGCCCCGCUCAAAUACUGGAACCUGCUGCUAGCUGUCUACUCUGCCUGGGGCGCUUCACGCGUACUGCCGCACAUGUUUGUACAACUCUAUAAAUUCGGAUGGAACGCUUCGCUUUGCUCACCCCCAGUGUUUACCUAUGGCCGCGGAGCGGUAGGAUUAUGGACCGGACUGUUCGUCUACUCUAAGUACUUUGAGCUGAUCGACACCGUAUUUAUUGUUUUACGGAAAAGGAAUCUGAACUUUCUGCACUGGUAUCAUCACGUCACCGUCCUGAUGUAUACCUGGGACGCAUUCGCCUCAGAACAGCCACCUGGCAUGUUCUAUUGCGGAAUGAACUACGCCGUGCAUUCAGUCAUGUACUUUUACUACUACUUGGCCGCUACCAGGUCGCGACCUCCGCGGUGGGGUGUCGUGGUAACGUUAAUGCAGAUUGCACAGAUGAUUGCUGGGGUCCUGAUUACAAUCGUUUCCCUCCACAAUGCCUUCACGAAGCCGUUCAUGCAAUACUCCACGGCAACUAUCGCGAUGGACCCGGCUGACAUGGGCACAUGCUUUAUUUCAAAGACAAACAUGGUCUCGGCAGCGGCCAUGUAUUCCACCUACUUUUAUUUGUUCGCAAAGUUCUUCUACGUCCGAUACAUCCAAAAGAAGGGCGGUGCCAGCAAGAAGCACUUGAAGAAACGCGAGUAG